CGCUUGAAGUUCGACUGUCAGUUGACCGUCUCUCGGAAGGAACAAACGUUAGCUGCGUCCAGCUAAUUUCGCGGUCUCCAAUGGUAUGGAAUUCACAUGAGUUCUGGAGAUGCAUACCCCAUUCACCGAAUAAAUUGGACUCAGGCGGGUACAGUCUACCCUAUACCAUCUCCGUGAAUACACAAGACAUAACCGGAUUUCCGCACCAUGGCAAUACUUUUGAGAAACUUGCUUUCAUCAAUAUGCGCCUGAAUUUGAAGGCGGAUUACUGCGCGACAACAGUAGGACCAUCUUGGUGGAUAUCAACAAGAGUCGUCGAAGCGGCAUUCGACAUAAAGCUGAACUUACUGCUUUUCCAAAAUUUUGAUGAAAAUAUCCUGUGCGUAAAAUUUGCACAACACAACCUAAGUAAUCAAAACUUCCUCCAAAUGCAGUUCGUCGCGCUAGCACACCGACACCCAAAAACUGAAGAAAUCCUUGAUUGUAAACUGGAUUCUGUAGAAAAAUUACCACGUGGAGGAUUUCGCUACAUACUUUCGUUAAAAUUACAAGCCAAUCCACCGUAUUGGUUGCUUUCUGAAGGCAUUUUCAAGACACUUAGGUUGAUCAAAGAUAGCGUUAAUGUCGAAAUUCAUGGAUGUAUCAAUGUAACCCGUGUCAAAUCUAAUGACGAGGAGGAAACCAAAGGUUAG